AUGGAUGCCCUGUCAUUGCUCAUCUGUUUCUUGGCUGCCGUGCUGAUGACCUGCCAUGGAUUCAGCAUAGACACAGAACGCCCAAUCAUCUUCCAGGAAGCAGCAGAAGGUUUUGGGCAGACUGUAGCACAGUUUGGAAGAGGAGCCAAUGGAGGGGUGCUUGUCGGUGCCCCACUCCAGAGGGGGGAUGUGAAUGAAAUGGGUAAAAUCUAUAAAUGCCAGCAGACACCAAGCAAAACAGGCAGAUGCGAGGAGGUUCCUGUACAACAAUGUCCAAAACGAGCCAACGACAUAGUUCUUCUGAUAGAUGGCUCAGGAAGCAUUGAGCCCGAUGAUUUCAGACAGAUGAAGACGUUCAUUUCUGAAGUCAUGAAACGCUUACUCACCUCCAACACACAGUUUGCCUUGGCCCAGUAUUCGAACCGCUAUGCAGAGCACUUCAGCUUCAGCAAAUUCCAGAACAACCCAGAUCCCGAUGCUCUGGUUAGAGGUGUCAGACAGCUUAGUGGGGGAACUCACACAGCUACCUAUAUUCAGAAGGUGGUGCGUGAGCUCUUUCAGCCGCACAAAGGUUCCCGCCCAGGAGCCACAAAAAUUUUGAUAGUGAUAACAGAUGGACAGAAAACAGGAGAUCGCCUGCAGUACUGGCAAGUGAUACCAGAGGCCGAGAGCGCUGGCAUAAUCCGCUAUGCCAUUGGGGUUGGAAGCGCUUUCAGUCAUGAUAAUGCCAGACAAGAGCUCAAGGACAUUGCCUCUCUGCCCAGUUCAGAGCAUGUUUUCCCGGUUAGCAACUUUAACGCCCUAAGGGACAUCGAGAACAAACUUCAGGAUAAAAUUUUCGCCAUCGAAGGGACAGCGGUCCAAAGCAGCAGCUCCUUCCAGCUGGAGAUGUCCCAGGAGGGAUUCAGUGCCUUGGUGACCUCUGAUGGUUUUGUGUUGGGGGCAGUAGGAGCCUACGACUGGUCCGGAGGGCUUUUCCUAUACGGCAGCAGCAGCAGUCCAGACUUUAUCAACGUGACCAGCUCCACUAAAGAGAUGAACGAUGCUUAUCUUGGGUAUUCAGUGCAGAUGGUUCAGCUGAGUGGACGGCGCAGCUACGUGGUGGGGGCCCCUCGUUACAAACAUGUUGGCCGGGUGGUCCUGUUCAGCCAAGAAAAUGGGCAGUGGCAGCAGCAGUCAGAUCUGUCUGUAAAGAAGGCCCUCCAGAUUGGCUGUUAUUUUGGGGCUUCACUGUGCUCUGUGGACCUUGACCGCAACUCUGAGACGGACCUGAUCCUCGUCGGUGCGCCCAUGCACUAUGACGGCACGGCAGGAGGGAAGGUCUACGUUUUCCAGAGGCAGGGGGAGACGUUUGUCUGCACCCAGGAACUGCAAGGGGAGCGCAAACACCCUCUCGGCCGCUUUGGGGCCAGCAUGGCAGAAAUCGGUGACGUAACAGGAGACGGUUGGACAGAUGUGGCAAUCGGCGCUCCGAUGGAGGAUGAGAAUCGAGGAGCCCUGUACAUAUUUGAGGGAAGCUACAGAUCCAUCAACAACAAGUAUAGUCAGCGCAUCCGAGGGUCUCAGUUCCCCAACCAGCUUCACUACUUUGGUCAGGCCGUUGCAGCCGGGAUGGAUCUUACAGACGAUGGACUCCCGGACAUCGCAGCCGGGGGUCAUGGGCAAGUGCAGCUGCUGAGGUCUCGGCCUGUGCUCCAAGUCCAGCCCAGCAUCUCCUUCUCCCCAUCUAUGAUCCCCCUCUCUGCCUUUGAGUGCCAAGGCCAGGAACAGCUGAACAGGGAGGUCAGCACAGCAACCGUCUGUCUCUCCGUCCGGUCGAACACUCCGUUUGCACACGCCGGUAGGAUUUCGAACACCAUUUGGUACUCCUUGGCUUUGGAUCCCGGUCGGAUGAAAGUCCGGGCUGCUUUCGACAGCGGCUCCUCCACCGUCACCAGUGAGAUACAGAUGGGCUUGGCCCAGAAGUGCAUGACGUAUCGCAUAAAGCUGCCGGUGUGUGUAGAAGACAGCCUCACGUCCAUAAAGCUGCAGCUGAGUUACAACCUAACAGGAGAGCCCAUUCCUUCUGCGGACAACCUGAGAGCCAUCCUGAAGGAAGAUUCUCCCCGUCUGUUUGCCGCGUCGCUGCCCUUUGAGAAGAAUUGUGGUCACGAUGGAGUCUGUAAAGACAUCUUAAAAACCGCCUUUAAUUUCUCAGGCCUAGACACGCUAGUGGUGGGUCAGGACCUGGAACUCAACGCCACAGUCUUCUUCCGGAACGACGGGGAGGAUUCGUACAGCUCCAACCUGACUUUUGUCUACCCUUCAGCGCUCUCCUACCGCAGGUUCAAAAUACUGCAGUCUAACAGGAAGAACAUGGGCAUUAAAUGCUUCUCGGCCCCUGCCUCAAGGGAGGACUCUUUGAGGAACACCACCUGCAACAUCAACCACCCCAUUUUCCGGAGUGGGGCUGAGGUAAUCUUCAAUGUAUCUUUUUCCAUUGACCCUGAAGGAGUUUUGGGGAGUGAGGUGCAGAUCAAUGCCACGGCUGGCAGUGAAAACAACAGCCCGGUCACCCAGGACAUGUUUCACCAAGCAACGCUGCCCGUUAAAUACGCCAUAUACGUUUCUGUCAAGAAUAUGGAUGAUUCAACCAAGUAUGUCAACUUUUCCAUGGGGCAGGAAGACGGAAACCAGUCAGUGGAACAUCGUUAUGAGGUGAUGAAUUCAAUCAAGCGACAAGUCCCCGUGUCAGUGACGUUUGCGUUCCCCGUGCAGCUGAACGGGAUGUGGGUUUGGAAUGCGUCCGUGGACAUCUCUGCCGAGCAGUUCCACCAGGCUCAGUGUGCCCUUGAGAAAAAGACUCCGGGGUCCAAGGAUUUUGUGAACCAACUCCGCAAUCGGGCUGUUCUGGACUGCGCUGUGGCCACCUGCGAAACAAUCCGUUGCAACAUCCUGUCCCUGGAGCAGGGGCAGCCGCUGGAGUUUAGGAUCCGGGGGGCUCUUGGCUUCAAGUGGCUGUCUCAGACCGAGCAGAAGAAAGUGGCCGUGUUGAGCACGGCGCAAGUUUUCUACGACAACACAAAGUACAGCCAGAAGGAGGGCUUCAUAAAGAGCCAGGUGAACACAGUGGUGGAAUAUUUGGAGGUCUACAACUAUCUGCCCGUCAUUAUUGGCAGCAGCGUGGGGGGGCUCAUCCUCCUGGCUCUGAUCAUCGCUGGUCUGUACAAGUUCGGGUUCUUCAAAAGACAGUACAAACAGAUGCUGGACGAGGCCGGAGAGAGUGAUGUGGGGGCUGGACCUUCCCCAGGCAGUGGCCCCGAUCCCCAAGCUGCCAACGCAUAAGAGAUG